AUGAAAAACUGUUACAUGUACCAAAACAAUGUAUUGGAGAUAAGUGACUUCAUAAGAAUUGAUGAAGAGAAGAUAAAUAUCCACACAGAAAAUCAACCAAGAACCGUAUUUCUCACCAUACGAAAACAUAAAUUGAAAAUUGAUAAAGGAUUUCAGUAUAAGACUUUGACAGAAACAGGCUGCUUUUGGAGAAUAAAGCAAAAUACAGAAAGUGAUGGAGAUAUGUGGAAGGAUUGUUUAUUUUCAACUCAGACAUCAAAGAAGCAUAUGAUAGACUAUGAUGCAAUGAACAAGCUUUACAGUGUGCCAGUCAAAAAGUAUCAAUAUAUUCUGACAAUGAUUUUUGUCACUGAGGAGAUCAACAGAAAUCCCAAACUCAUACCCAACAAGUCUAUUAAUUUUUAUUUCAAUCCUACAAAGUGUGAUGAUUCAUUGACUAUUAUCUCUGAUCUAAGUUCCACAGAAACUAAAGAGCACACUGUUCCUAAUUAUGGUUGUGAAAUAAUUGAUUGUGGUUUAAUAUUUACAGGACCAUCAUGGGCAACAAGUAGCAAAAUUGGGGCAUUGCUCUCAAUCUUUAACUUAGGACAGAUUCACUAUGGCCCAUUUCAAACUAUUCUGAGCAAUGGUUUUCAGUAUCCCUAUCUGUAUCAGAUUGCUCCCAGGGAAACAAGGCUGCCAUUUGCCAUAGUCUCCUUAAUGCUUCAUUUCAACUGGACUUGGAUAGGUCUGGUCAUCUCUGAUGAUGACCAAGGUACUAAAUUUCUCUCAGACUUCAGAGAAAAUUUGCAAGCAAAUAAACCCUGCUUAGCCUUUGUGAAUGUAAUCCCAUUAAACAUGAAGCUAUAUAAUACAAGGGCUAGGGAAUAUUAUCAACAAAUUGUGACAUCAUUGGCAAAUGUUGUGAUCAUUUAUGGUGAAAUGAAUUCUACACUGGAAGUGAGCUUUAAAAGAUGGGCAUAUUUAGGCAUCCAUAGGAUCUGGGUCACCACCUCACAGUGGGAUGUCAUAACAAAAACAGGAAGAGACUUCAUGAUUGAUUCAUUCUAUGGUGCUUUCACAUUUUCUACCUACCCUCAUGAGAUUCCCAAUUUUAAAAAAUUUAUUCAGACAAUGAACACUUCCCAAUAUCCAAUAGACCUUUCUGUUAUGAGAUCAGAAUGGAUGUACUUUAAUUGUUUGGACAUUGAAUCUAACUGUAGAACACAGAGUAAAUGUUCACUCAAUACUUCAAUAAAAUGGUAUGCAAGUCAAGGAUUUGACAUAGCCAUGAAUGAGGAGAAUUAUAAUCUAUACAAUGCUGUGUAUGCUUGGGCAUAUGCCUACCAUGAAAUAUAUUAUGAACAGGUAGAUAUUCACCCAAUAAUAAGUCUAUGCAUAUUUGACUGCUCAAAGUUUUACCACACUAUGAAGAACAUACAAUUUAUUAACCCUGUUGGAGACCUAGUGACUAUUAAUGAGAAAACAAAAUGUGAUGCAGACUAUGAUAUUUUCCACAUUUCAAAUUUUCCACAAGGUCUUGGAAUAAAGGUGAAAAUAGGACAGUUUUCUUCAUAUGGUUCCCUUGGUCAACAAUUGAAUUUGUCUGAUGAAGCAAUAGAAUGGGCCACAGGGAGUAGGCAGGUAUAUUCCCUCCUCGUAUGCAGUGAGAUUUGCAGGCCUGGUUUCAGGAAGUUCCAACAGGAGGGAAAGGCAGCCUGCUGUUUUGAUUGUUCACCCUGCCCAGGAAAUGAGAUUUCUAACAAAACAGAUAUGGAUCAAUGUGUGAAGUGCCCAAUCAAUCAGUAUGCCAGCAUAGAGAAAAAUCACUGUCUCCAAAAAACCAUGAUGUUUUUGGCUUAUGAAGAUGUCUUGGGGAUGGCUCUGGCUUGUAUAGCCCUGUUCUUCUCUGCACUCACUGCUCUUGUACUUGGAGUUUUUGUGAAGCACCAAGACACACCGAUUGUGAAGGCCAAUAAUCGAACAAACAGUUACAUCCUGCUCAUCUCCCUCAAGUUCUGUUUCCUCUGUCCAUUACUCUUCAUUGGACAUCCCAACACAGUCAAGUGCAUCCUACAGCAGAUCACAUUUGCACUUCUGUUCACUGUGGCUGUGUCCACUGUUUUGACGAAAACUAUUACUGUGGUUCUGGCCUUCAGGGUCACUGCUCCAGGAAAAAAGCUGAGAGGCCUGUUAUUAUCAGGAGCACCUAACUUCAUCAUUCCAAUUUGUACCAUGAUACAACUUGUUCUUUGUGGAAUCUGGCUGGGAACAUCCCCUCCCUUUGUUGACACUGAUGCACACUCAGAACAUGGCCACAUCAUCAUUGUUUGCAACAAAGGCUCAGAUGCUGCCUUCUACUGUGUCCUGGGCUACCUGGGAUCUCUGGCUGUAGGGAGCUUUACUGUGGCUUUCCUGGCCAGAAACCUGCCUGAUACAUUUAAUGAAGCCAAAUUCCUGACCUUCAGCAUGCUGGUGUUCUGCAGUGUGUGGCUCACCUUCCUCCCUGUGUACCAUAGCUCCAAGGGCCAGGCCAUAGUGAUAGUGGAGGUCUUCUCUAUCUUGACCUCCAGUGCAGGGUUGCUAGGUUGCAUCUUCUUCCCCAAGUGUUACAUCAUUUUGAUAAGACCCAGUAAAAAUACUCUAAAGAGGAUAAAGGAAAAACAUAUAGUCCAGCCAACUGAUUUUUAA